AUGCCUACACGAUCCUUUCUUUGGAGCAUCCGUUCGCUCGCAGUUUUCUCUAUUGUUUCGCCUUCCAUUGCUGAUCGAUCUGCUAAGAGCUCGGGUAGCUACCAGCUUCAUGAAUCAUGGCAAGGCGAGAAAUUCCUCGACUACUUUAACUUCUUCGACGGUGCAGACCCUACCCAUGGCUUCGUCACAUAUCUCAACCAGAGCACUGCUGAGGGCUCUGGUCUGAUCGACGUCACCUCCAGCGGCAGCUUCUACAUGGGGGUUGAUUAUAAAAAAACCCUUGUCCCUGAAGGGCCCGGUCGAGAGUCAGUCCGUAUCGAGAGCAAGCAAUAUUACGAUGAGGGUCUUUACAUCGUCGAUCUGGCGCACAUGCCUGGCAGUGCCUGUGGCACCUGGCCUGCAUUCUGGUCCGUUGGCCCUGACUGGCCCCACGACGGCGAGAUCGAUAUCAUUGAAGGUGUUAACAAACAUGAAGCCAAUGAAAUCGUUCUGCAUACAAGUGGGUCUUGCAAUGUCGGUGGUGGCCACGAGAUGCAUGGCGACAUGACGUCUAGCGAAUGUGGUGAAGCAUCCGGCACGGUCGGAUGCGUUGUAAAAGGCACGCAGGGCUCGUCCGGGGACCCCUUUAAUAAGAACGGUGGCGGCGUCUAUGCGAUGGAGUGGACGGCCGAUUUCCUCAAGAUCUGGUAUUUCCCUCGCGACUCCAUUCCCGAGUCGAUUACCGACGGCGAGCCUGAUCCCUCGGCAUUCGGUACGCCGAUGGCCCACCUACAGGGCUCCUGCGACUUCCACAAGCGCUUCAAAUCCCAAAAGUUCAUCCUCGAUACCACAUUCUGUGGUGACUGGGCCGGUGGUGUCUAUGGUGAUUCGGGCUGCCCCGUGAGCGACCCCAGUAAACCCAUCCAGAGCUGCGUGAAAUACGUGGCCGAGAACCCUGACGCUUUCAAGGAAGCAUACUGGGAAAUCAACUCCAUCAAAAUAUACCAGAUCGGCGAUAACUCGAAUGGCCCGGCUCAGUCCGCCUCCACCCAUGUUGACAGUGCUACCGUGAUCCAGCCGACUCGGUCCUCUUCUAUCAGUAUCGCGAACCCCAAGUCUGAAACUGAAGCAACGCAUGCGCCUUCGAGCCCUUCUGCUGUAGAAGUUACCGCCGCCCCAGCCAGUACAAAGAAAACCGUUCAAUUUUCCUCCGCUGCACCGAGUGACGGCGGCGACAACUCGGAGACCAUCUCGAAGAGCACUUUGUAUUUGACUCGUACGACGACUAUCUGUCCCCUUACCCUGCAGAAUGCCUACACGGCAACGGCCGUCCACGGCGGUCAAACAGGGGCUGCUGAAAGUAGUACUGGCGUCCCAUCGGUGAUCGUCUCUGAGCCAGCCCCCGAGGGCAGCACCAUUGUUCUCCCUUCUGUCAACACUAUCAUCCCUACGGGACCCACGGAACCUGUUGCCCAGCCAUCUCAGCCCUCGAGAGCAGCGGGAAGCUCUACUGACAAACCACCUGUCCCUGCGCCGAGUUUCACGUCUUCAUCGCGCUUUAUCCCGGCGCCUGCGCCUGCACCCACAUUUACUGCCCCAGGCGACUCUCCAGCCCCUGGUGGCGAUUCCGGAUCCACUGGAUCUGGCGACUCUGCAUCUUCAUCUGGAGUCCCGAGCGCAACUACGCCUGUUGUCCCUCUUUUCACCGCCGGUGCUAGCAGAUUGUCUCUGGGUGCGUCUGGCCUCGUGGGUGCUGCGGUGAUUGCUUUCUUGGCGUGA